AUGGACAUGUCAUCCCACGACUCGGAUUCCAUGGAUAUGCAGUCCAUGUCCAUGCCCAUGGUGUUCACGACAUCGCACCACACGCCUCUCUACGGCACGGGGUGGACGCCCUCGACGGGCGGGGCCUACGCCGGGACGUGCAUCUUCCUCGUCUUCCUGGCCAUCCUGCUGCGCCUGCUCUUCGCGGGCAAGAGCGUGCUCGAACAGCGCUGGGCCAUCGCGGCGCGGAAUCGCCGCUACGUCCGCGUCCAGGGCCGGACGACCGAGGCCGGCCGCAUCGACCAGGAUCCCGAUGUCAAGACUGGCUCCCUCAUCACCGUCAACGGCGUGGAGGAGCAUGUCAAGGUCGUGCAGGCCCGGACCCAGUCCACGCCCUUUCGGUUGUCGGUGGACGUCCCGCGAGCCGUGCUGACGACCCUCAUCGCCGCGCUGUCGUACUUGCUGAUGUUGGCCGUCAUGUCGUACAAUGUCGGAUAUUUCCUCUCGGUGCUUCUAGGUGUUUUCUUGGGCGAACUGGCCGUGGGACGAUACGUGCAGAAUGAUGACCACGUCCACUAG